AUGUCAGGGGCUUCAAGUGAUGUAUCUGGAGCAUCGAGUGGAGGAAGUAGUUCUCUUCGUAGAGGUGGAAAGAUAAUAGGGAUUCCAAAGAGAUGUUGGUGUGGCACUGAAAUUGUCCCUCUGAUGUCAAAAUCCGACCACAACCCAUACAGAAGAUACUUCCGAUGUGCCCAUGCUGCAGCGAAGAAGCUUAUGAAUGAUAACCAUGUAUUCAAGUGGAUUGAUGAGGUUUUGAUAAACGAAGUUGAAUCACUCCAAUUCAAAAUUGCAAGGCAUGAAGAACAACUGAUAGAGAUGGCAAAAACAGAGACUUUGUUGGCUGAGAAAGUUCAAAUGACAGUGGAAAAAGAGAUAUUUGAUCAGGUAGAACAAGUGUUGAUAGAAGCCAAAGCAAGCAUGAAGAAAAUGAUGGUAUUAGGACUUGUUGGAUGUGUAGUAUUGGGAGUGAUAGUGGGCAAGGUUGUAUGA